AUGAAAGUCGUCGCGUUAGAUGCCGGGGGCGCGACGUUAAAGGCGUCAGUACUCGGUCGGGGCUCAAAGUGUACCCCCUCGAUUCUUGCCAAUCACGUGGCAACAAUGGCGGGUGCCUCCCAAGCGCCAGUUAUGUACAUGGGUCAGAAACUACAGGAGCUCGAGCGGCAGCGUGCAAAGUUACGCUACUUACGGCCUGUUCAGAGGGGAUACUGCGUGAAUUGGAAUAUCGAGUCGGAGCUCUGGACGCAUCUGUUGUCGAGCCAGAUCCUGAAUGUAGAAGUCCCGUCCGAGUACUCCCUGGUGGUUACUUCCCCGUUAUUCGCCCCCGCAGUUGUGAACGAGAGCAUGGAUCAAGUCGUGUUUGAAGAGCUGCAGUUCCAGUCUUACGCUCGAGUCAGUGCAGCAGAGACGUGUGUCCUGUCGUACUCUGAGCACUGUGAACGUGAGUAUCAAAAAAGUCGUGCUGAGACGAGGACCGACGUUUGUGGUACGAGUACUUUUUGCAAAAGAGCACAACAGGAGAUGAACGGGCCUGGUUCCCCGAAAAUGUCGUUUCCUGUUGAAGACGAAGGUCAGCUCCGGUUCUCGACGUCGUUGUGUCAUCUCGUAGUGGACUCGGGAUUUUCGUUCACGCACGUGUUACCGGUGAUUAACGGGAGAAUUUACGAGCCAGGUGUGAGACGGAUUAAUGUUGGCGGCAAGCUACUGACGAAUUACUUCAAGGAAAUCGUGUCGUUUCGUCAGUGGAAUGUUAUGGAUGAUACGCCCGUAAUUAAUGAGCUGAAAGAAGCGCUUUGCUACUGCUCCAUGGAAUUUGACAAUGACCUCAAGCGGUAUCAUGCUGAUCGACGAGAGAGAAAGCAUUGGGUUUUGCCCGACUAUGUCCGGACGUUUGAAGGAAGGCUUCGUGACGACAAUGAGGAAGACGAUACGAUUGUGGCGGAUGAAGAAGAGCUCACAAAAUCGAACGAUGAUGGACAGUCCGUGGCGGCGGGCGAUGAAGAACAGGUUUUAGAAAUGGGAGUCGAGAUGGUGACUGUGCCAGAGGUGUUGUUUAACCCGUCGGACAUUGGCAUUCAUCAGGCAGGCGUCGCAGAGGCGAUUACGCGGGCUGUUGAGGCAUGUCCCGAUGAGCUCUCGGAGGCGUUUUACGCUAACAUCUUGCUUGUUGGUGGCAACACGAAAUUCAGGAAUUUCCGUCAGCGGCUAGAACGUGAAUUACGGUCGUUGGUGUCCGACGACUUCGACAUAUAUGUGCACGAGCCACCAGAUCCGAUUCUCGCUGCAUGGCAAGGCUGCUGCUCUUUGGUGGAGUCCAAUGCGCUAUCUGAGCGCAUCGUAAGCAAGCAAGAGUACGAAGAGCAUGGGAGCAACAUCUGCUUGAAGCGCUUUUAG